AUGGAAAUAAACGACAUAUCAGAGGACCUGUCCGAAUGGGAGCACAUUCAGUCGAACGAUAACAACUCAAUACACAAUAAAGACUCAAGUUUCCCUCCAAAUGAUCAUGAAGGCCUGCCUGUCUCGACUCGACACAACAACGAACAAAUUCACGAGCAAAAGCCAUUGUUGUCAUCUCGUGGUGAUGAUGAUAGAGAAGAUGGAGUCGAGAGGGCGGGAAGUGGUGUAAAGAAGUCAAAAAAAUUGAAUUUGGGAGUCUUUAAUUCGGGUUUUUUUGGGAUUUUUCUUGGGAUAAGAAAAUUUGAUUGCUUUAAGGUUGGAUUGUGGUCAGUUUCUGGAGUUGCAGCAGUUGUUUUAGCGUCCCUGUUGCAUAGGAGAGUGCUGAAGUGGUGGAAAUCAAUGCAGAUGGAGCAUAAGGAGUACCUAUUACUUCUCAUCAAAGAAAAAGACCAGAAAAUAAACCAGCUUUUGCUCCGAAUUGCUCAGAUGAAUGAAAUUUUACUUGCACGCCGGAAAGUACCAGUUCUUCGAGUAAACUGA